AGGUUCCGUCCCGCCACAGUCCCGCCGUCCCGGUCGGCCUAAUCGGCCUGCUCUUGUGGUUUCGUGUCUAUUAUCACCUCAGCAGUGGAGUUCCGAUCUGCCUGCGCGUCGACAUUGUGGGGAUAGGCCAGAGCCAGAGAAAAUCUAACUCAAUUUAAAUCGAAAAAAAAAUAAAACAUACCGAGUCGCUAAAUAUACUCGACGCAAUAGACACGCGGCUGUUUUUUUGUGCAUCGGUUUGUUAGUGCGCCGUACGUGUUUGGCUCAAUGAGCGACCGUAGUAAUAUGUGAAUACAAGUGAGCCAUGAGUUUUCGGAAUCGGCUGUCCCGCGUCGCCAAAAACAACAACGAAACACCGCCGAGGAACAAAAACACCACCGCCAGGCACGACUGUUGCAGUGCCACUAAGUUGCGAGCAAGCAGCGUCGAGCACGAUCGUAUUAAUGGCAAUCACGAAGCUCACAGAAAUGCCACUUCUGUAGAUAGAGUGUUGAGCGUUAACAGAAUUCCUAGAUUAAACCAAUUGACAGGCGAAUCGAGUUGUGCAGCCAGCUGUAGAACUCCAAACAGAACUAUUACAAAAACCCCAAUAAAUCGUACCAGUCUGAGUUCCCCAAGUACUCCACAAAGAAAGGUGUCAGCGAGAGGCAGAGGAGCUGCUACACCAUCUCCUCGUUUCAGACGUGAAACAACUGUUCAAAAGAAAACUGUGGAUAACAAACCUGAUAAGGAAUGCCAAUCAUCAUCUGCAGAUAUGCCGUCCAAACAAUCAUAUCUAUUCACCCAGAAUUAUUAUGACACAGGUUCUUGUUCUGUAGAGAUAAUCGAAGAGACAUGUUCCCCUCAAAUUACAUUACCGAUACCAACGGAAAUAUUGAAUACAAAAUCAGCUAUACUCAAUCGUUCAGAUGACGACGAAGAAAAAGCUACCGGGAUUUCUCCAGAUGGGAGGUUUCUCAAGUUUGAUGAAGAGCUUGGACAUGGUUCUUUCAAAACAGUCUUCCGAGGUUUAGAUACUCAAACUGGUGUUGCAGUGGCUUGGUGUGAGCUCCAGGAAAAUAAAUUAACGAAGACUGAACGCGCUCGGUUUCGUGAAGAAGCUGAAAUGCUAAAAGGCUUGCAGCAUCCUAAUAUAGUUCGGUUUUAUGACUAUUGGGAAGUUUCUUUAACAAAACGAAAAUAUAUUGUACUUGUUACUGAACUAAUGACAUCAGGAACAUUAAAAACAUAUUUACGUCGUUUCAAAAAGAUUAAUCCUAAAGUACUAAAGUCUUGGUGUCGACAAAUUGUAAAAGGAUUAAGUUUCUUGCAUUCUCGAACACCUCCAAUUAUACACAGAGAUCUAAAAUGUGAUAAUAUUUUUAUUACCGGUACAACUGGAUGCGUAAAAAUUGGUGAUUUAGGACUAGCCACUCUAAAAAAUCGAUCAUUUGCUAAAUCUGUUAUUGGUACUCCUGAAUUUAUGGCUCCAGAAAUGUAUGAAGAACAUUAUGAUGAGAGUGUUGAUGUAUACGCCUUUGGAAUGUGUAUGCUGGAAAUGGCUACUUCUGAGUAUCCUUAUACUGAAUGCACAGGACCUGCUCAAAUUUAUAAAAAAGUGAUAAGUGGUGUUAAACCUUUAAGUUUUGAUAAGAUUGAAAAUCCAGAAAUCAAAGAUAUAAUAGAGUCAUGUAUUAAAUUGAAAAAAGAUGAAAGACCAUCAAUCAAAGAAUUAUUGGCUCAUGAUUUUUUCACGGAAGAUCCAGGAAUUAAAUUAGAAAUGGUUAGCAGAACAGACAGUCGAAUUGAAUUUCGUUUACGUAUUCUUGAUCCAAAAAAGCGUUGUAGCAAUAAACACAGAGAAAAUGAAGCAAUUCAAUUUGAUUUUGAUAUCAAUAAUGACAAUGCAGAUGAUGUAGCAUCUGAAAUGGCAAAAUCUGGAUUAAUUUUGGAGGAAGAUAGUAAAACCAUUGCUAAGAUGUUAACUAAUCAAGUUUAUAAUCUUAAUAAAGAACAAAAUGACAAAAGAGAUGUGCCAAUAGACGAAGAACUAUAUAAGGAUGAUAUAAGUUCAGAUGUUAGUGGAUUGCAGUUUCGACAACCAGAAACUGUUGUUAUGUACCAACCUGCUAAAUAUAUUAAUCAGGAUGAAGAAAUGAAGUAUGAUAACAUAUCAGUCCUUCCUGAAAAUCUACUUAAACCCUCCAGUGAAAUUAAUGUUGCAGAACUUAUUAAUCAAGACCAAUUAUUUAUACAAACAUCGCCAUCUAAAAGUCUACCACUUCGAUCAGUUGAUACAAUAAGUCAGCAAGAUAAUUAUAGAAAAAUAUCAAAUAUAUCUAAUGCAUCUACAGAUUCGGCUUAUACAUCCGAUACCAAUAUGACUUAUAAACAGCUCUCUGAUAUUAAUCAAGUGCCAAAUAUGGUGGAAGCUGUACCAGAAAACUAUGUAUCAAAUGGAAAUGACAAUAUUUAUCAUCAAGAUCCAACUAUGUAUCAAAAUGUUGAUCCUGCAAUAAACCAAGAUGCUUCUACAUAUAUUCAAAAUCCACAAUGGAACUACCAAAUUAAUACAGUUCAGAAUCAAGUGCCUUCAACAGCUGAUGAAGAGUUGCAAAGAAAAAUAUCCACGGUAUCUACUGUUUCCAAUCUUUCUUCAUUAUCGUCAGAUUCUGUUCAAGGACUUGUCCUACAAGAUAUCCAGCUUCAUGCCAUUAUACAUGAAGAAAAUGCAUUACAAAAUAAUCAAAAUGUAUAUGUAAGAAAUCAAGAAGGAAUAAAUGUAAACCAAUGUGAUAAUUUAAACUAUUGUAAUGCACAAUCUCCAUCCAAUGAACCAUAUUUAUCAAAUAUACAAUCCUACCAAGAGAAUCAAGUACAUCCAAAUUAUAAUAAUCAAAUUAUCCUUCCCGAAGAGAUCAUACCGGUAGAGGAAAAGUCUUUAGAACCUACGGUUGAAUCAACAAAUAAUGCUACUGAGCCAGAUGUUAAACAAAACUUGAGGGUUGAUAAUUUAGAAGAAUCAUCUGUGAUAAAAGAAGCGGCAACUAGAAAAAAAAGUAGAACUACUGGUCCGUCAUUAAAUCUUUUGGCUGUGUAUGAUAAUCGCCAAGCAGAAUGUCAAUUAGAAAGUAAUAAACACAAAACUGUAACAUUCAGGUUUAAUAUUGAUGAUGUUGUCCCUUAUGAUGUAGCAAACAAAUUGGUCACUGAAGAUUUAUUAGAAGUAUCGCAUGUAGAUUUAGUGGCCGAAAUGAUGAAAGACUUGGUGAAUAAACUGAAAUUGGACAUGGAACCUGUGUCUAAUAGUAUUGAUCCGUCUUUAUUAAAACAAGAGACUGAAAGAAUUCCAAUUACUGGAGACUCAGAAAGUGGAAUAAAUACAAAUCAGCUCAAUGUUACUGUUACUGAAACUAUAAAAGAAGUUGAGGAAAAAUCAGAGCCUGAGAAGAAAAAACCAGCACGGAAAAUAUCAAGGUUUUUAGUAAGCCCAGUCAUUACGGAACAAACAUUAGAAGAAUAUUAUAAUGAUAAGAACAUACCAAAACAAAAUGAAUUACUUAGUCCAGAAUCACUUGAAAAGAGUAUUCUGACUGAAAUGAUAACAUUAGCAAGUACUAAUAAUCAAAAUGUACCAGUUUGUCCUUCAACUACAAAUGAAGAUAUAUCAAAUCCCGAUACGAAUACUGGUCUAACGACUGACUCUAAACUACAUUCCCAAGUUCCAUCUGAUUCAGCAUGUCAAAAAGGAGGUUCUCUUACUAUAUCCGAACUCCAGCAAAAAUUAAUCCAACUUACAGCUCAGCCAUCAGAAUUAUCAUCUAGUAGUACUCCACCUAUCGGUUCUCAUCCAAGUACACCUCAUGGGCAUACUGGUUAUGAGACAUACAUGAAUACCCUUCAAAAACGUUUGGCUUCCAUUUCAAUGCCUGCUGGCAACAUACUUGGACCGCUUUCACCUCAAAGUACAUUACACGCAAUUAGUUCUGCAACGUCUAAAUUAAAAAUACCUAUUGCUAUUGAAGUUGUUAAGCCUAUGCAAUCAGUAGCCAUUGGCAUUGAUGAAGUACACAUUGGCGAUGAAGUUGGGCCAAUUUUAGUGCAUGCAGUCCAAGCUCAGUCUAUUUUGACGGGUAAUGAAACACUCCACCGUGUGAUAGUACCAGAAGAAAACAAAGAUCAACAAACUAUGGUUGUACAACCAUUACCUGGUCAUGUCAUAAUGGUUCAAUCAAGAUUCAUUCAAAACCAAGAUCCAUCUAUUCAAGAAUUUGAAAGUCAUUCUAAUAGUCAUAAAGAAGAUUCUAAAGAGAGAAAAAUUAGCCGUGCUCAGUCAGUUGAUUUGCAUAGUUUAGAAAAGAAGUUGUCUAGUAUGCAUACCAAUACGUACAAAAAAUAUUCCUCAAAUGCAGUCAAUCUCCAUUCAUUACCCUUAUCAACCGACCAACAUGUGGCACAAUCUGUGGAAACAGAUGUCCCUUGUGAUAAUUACCAAUCAGUUUCACACUCUAACGAUGAAACUAAGGAUCAGAAAGAUUUGGACAUAGCUUAUAAACCUGUUAAUACAAAUGAAAUCUCCCAAGCUACUAAAUUAAAUGCAUCUCCUUUUGAUUUUCAAAAUCUAUUACAAAGGCAAUAUUUCGAAUUAGAGAAUUUACGUAAACGUCAUCUAGAUGAACUAAAAAGUUGCAUGCAAAUGUUAAGAACAGAAAGUCUGCAACCCACUAUAUUAUAUGAAGCUUUAUCACCAAUUUCUAAUUCUAGUAAAAAAGUACCUAGUGAAACUAGUGGAAAUUCCAGAUCAGUCUCACCAACGCCAGAUAAUGGAGUGAUGAAGUUUACGCCAACUGGCUUAUACUUCUUACCAGAGUCUGUUAAGCUUUUAUCACCUUCCUUAGCCGAAUCCCAACACCACGGCUCUAAUCAUUAGUCAACAGCAAAGAAAAAAUAAUAAUCUUUUAAGCGUACUUUUAACAUUUCGUUAUUCCUUAUUUUUUUCACUAUACACAACGUUCAUCUAAAACGCUUAUAAUUAAAUUGUUAUUUUAUUUUGUAUAAGUUCCUUAGAAAAUUGUAUUCAACAAAUAUAUUAUUUAAUUAUUCAAUUUAUAAAUACAUAUACCUACUAAUA